UUUGAAAAACGUGAGCCCACCCUAUUUUCCGCAAUGGUUGGCAACCUUAGUGCCGAGACGUCUGAGUCUUUGCAAGAUCUUGUCAAGGUCUGCGAACAGCAUGUGAGAUCUGAAGAGUCGAAGCGGGUAGAACAAGCUGGUGGAUACAACUUCGACGCUGCCGCGGCUGUACCAGCGAGUUUCAAUUUCACCAACUGA